AUGAGCCAAGAUGACCUUGGAGGUCAACCCUCCAGGAGCCAACAACCUCUUGAAGAGCAAUCGAAAGAUAUAUUCGACUCGCUCCUCCAAGAACUCGAUCAGAUCCUCACCGACUUCAACUUUCAGAAAUCGACCUUAUUCGAAGCAUUCAACGCAAUCAACAUGCAUUUGGAAGCAGAACCAAACCUCACAGACACACAACACCUUGAAACCUUGAGGAGGUAUGGUGAUCGACUCUGUCAUAUCCCAGAAUUCCGACCCCGCGCACUCCCACCACACCACACCUUCCUAACAACUUCACCAUCCCCUACACCAUGCCUCCCCACUCCCCAAGCCACCUUCCCUCCUGACUGGCUCAGCUCCGGUCUGGUUGCGGCACACCGAACCUUGGCCACUCCCAUCCCAGAAGCUCGGUCCCGAGUAGGAACAUUCGGAGACCCCGGAUUUGCUCCGAUAUCCCGAUGGACCUCCGAUAUCCCGUGA